CAUGAUUUCUUGAAAUGAAUUCAUCCUGUCGAACGACAACAACACCGCUCCCUCCCCGCCGUCCACACACACACACAUAUGGAGGGAGGGAUCCGCACGCCGCCACAGACACACAACACAGCACAACACAAGCACGCCAAAUGCUCAAAACCCAACGACUGACUACAUGCACAAUCGCAUGGCAGGCACAUGAUCACCAAUUGAUCACACACAUCAUAAAGACGACAGCUGAUUCUCUGGAGGCGGUCUCUCUUUCGACAGCUCAGAGAUGGCCUUGAACACGGGAUUGUCCUGCACACACACACCACCGUCACCGCCACCACCACACGUCCAAGUCCGAGCAGGAGAAAUGUGUGUGUCCCGACCGACCUUGGUCUUCAUGAGUUCGAAAAGGACCGACUCCGACGUGGUGACGACCGCCCCGGCACCCUGCAUCCUCUGCAGCGCCGCGGAACGGUCCAGUGCUCGCUGACUCGACACACCGUCUGCAAGCACGUGAACUGACCAACACACACACACACACACACACACAGACAUACACACAGACAUACACACAGACCAACUGUUGACCCGACCGAAACAGGGCGUGUGUUGCCCAUCCGUGGCCGCGUACCUGAGUAGCCCGCAGCAAUGAGGUCGAGAGCGGUCUGCUGCACACAGACAUGCGCCUCUAUCCCGAACAGCACGACGGAGCGGCGGUCCCGCAUCUCCUUGGUGGUCAUCCAAUUCCUACACACAGCGCACCCACACACACACACACACACACUCAGACACACGCAGAAGGGUCUGGACAGGGGAUGGUGCUGGCCGGCCUUGCAUUGCACGCCUUACCAGACUUCGGGAAUACACAUGGAGAACUGUGUCUGCAGCAAGUGCCAAGCAAUGGGUGGAUGGAUGGAUGGAUGGAUGGCGCCCUUAUCGAUCUGUUGCGCAUGACAUGUCAUGUGAAGCUGCAGCGAACCUUCUCAAAUUUCUGUGCGCCAGAGAUAUCAAUCUCGGACACCGUGUGCAGCAGCGCCUUGGGGUACUGCUCGGUCACGAGCAAUGGAAUACCUGAGAUGGGAGCCACCCGAACGUCACGUCAAUCAAACACACAACAGCAGCAGAUGAUACCAUGAGUGUCUGUCGGUGUGUUUGGCUGACCGAGGGUCUUUGCCGCAGCGGCCAUUUGCUUGCUGGUGUGGAUGACGUGCGCCAUGUUAUAACAUAGCGUCCUGAACCGCUCCUGCACCUCGCACCGCAUCGCCUCAUCUAUCUAUCUGCAGCUGUGUGUCAGGUGUGCAGGUGUCAGGGGUGUGAUUGUCUGUACCUGCACAUCGCAGCAGAAGAAGACCGUCCCGGAAGGCUUCAGCCGCACCAGACUCAUAGAUCCGCU